UCCAACAUGUUAUGUAAACGUAAACGUACAGAAAUGCGUCCUACUAAAAGCUAACUGUUCUGGAAGUUUUGCUAUUUUUAAACCACAGUGUCUGGCAUUUACCGUAUGGGCUUUGUUUUAACCUGGGGCUUCCUUUGAUGAUAUAUAUAUAUUUUUAAAUCUUUAACCUUUUCACUCCACUAGUCUAACUAUGGACCUUAUGAUAAGUCUUACGCCUCGAUCAGGGAUGCCAUAGAAUGUAACCUCACGGUUAUUCUGACGAAAACCAUCACGGCUAAUAAAUGUAUGUCAUUUUGGAGAGAUAAAGAGGAAAUAGUUACAGAUUGUACCUUAAAUUACACAAAUGAAAUGGUUCAACAUUUCACCAUGAUUCCAGUUUUGACCUUUUUUUGACCAUUGCCUCAAGACAAGGUUUCAGAAACCAGCCAGUCUUGAUGCUGACCCCUUGAUACAGUGAUUCCCAAACUGGGGGCCACGGACGUACUGGACGGGAGCCGCAGACAGAAGGGACUGUUUACAUAAAACCUUGAAUAUAUGCUUUUAUAACCUUUCCAUGCAUUGUUAGUAACAAUAUUCACUUCAAUGAAUAAUACAUGUUUACAUUUCCUGUGAUUACAUUAAAGCUUAGCAAAAAUAUGUUUUUGCAUUUAGAAAAUGGGAUGAAGUUUGGGAACCACUGCGGCUUAGUACAUUCCUUGUCUAUGAGUGUUUCCUUGUGUCAUCCACCGACAGCCCUGCACAGCUUCAGUGACAGUCAUGGCGAUAUAUGUUCCUGCCUGGAGAUUCCUUACAUUGUUUGGCUGACCCGAGUUCCUCACCUCUGUCACACAGCUUGUGUUGCGACAGGUUUUGUUCCACAGAGGUAUUUGCUCCAGGCCACGGUGGUGGUGUUUUGGGGAUGCCUCAGCUCUCCGUCUAAGGUAGUAAUUACCCUUUUAAGCUCUCCCCCACCCCACUCAUUUUCUGCUUAAAAGCAUCGCUGGCACUCUCCUGAGUUUCACUCACUCAACAUCUUCCCAGCUGCCAAGAAAGUGUCCACAAACAUGGCCAGUUCCUUCACUAACCGUAGCUUCCGAGUAUCCUCCACCUCAGGGAGCAGCACCCUGAGCAGUGGGAGCACCCUGGGGACCAGCCGCACCUCGCGGCUGACCAGCAUCAGGGCUGGCAGCGUGUACGGGGGCGCUGGCGGGUCGGGGGUACGGAUCUCCACUGGGGGACCCAUGACGCUGGCACAAAGCCGCGGUGGCUUUGACCUCAUGGAUGCAGUCGAUGUGACCACCAAUGAGAAGGGCACCAUGCAGAACCUGAACGACCGUCUGGCCACCUACCUGAAGAAGGUGCGCUCCCUGGAGAAGGCCAACGCCGAGCUGGAGCUGAAGAUCAAGCAGUUCCUGGACAGCAAAGCGUCUCCUGUCUCGCGGGAUUUUGAUGAACAAUUUGCAUUAAUCAAUGACCUCCAUGAACGGAUUCGUGAGUCUUCAAGAUUGAAUGGAUCAAUCUUUCUCAGCAUCGAUAACGCCAAACUUGCAUUGGAGGAUUUUAAAGUCAAGUACGAGAAUGAGGUGGCCCUUAGGCAGUGUGUGGAGGCCGACAUUACCGGGCUGAGGAAGUUACUGGACAACCUGACGUUAACCAGAUCAGAUCUGGAGAUGCAGAUCGAGCAAAUGCAAAACGAGAUCUUCAACCUAAAACAGGCCCACGAGGAGGACCUGAUAGAGAUAAAGGCCCAGGUGAGUGGCCAGGUGCACGUGGAGGUUGAUGCAGCACCACAGGAGGACCUGACGGUUGCCAUGGAGGAGAUCCGUAGACAUUAUGAGACAGUUAACGCUAACAACAAGAAGGACCUUGAGUCCUGGUUCCAGAAAAAGUCCGCAGCACUGACCAAGGAGGUGGCAGUUAAAACAGAAACCAUCCAGUCCUCAAGGUCAGAGAUAACAGAGGUUCGACGCACCGUCCAAGGUCUUGAGAUUGAGAUGCAAGCUCAGCAAAGCAUGAAAUUGUCUUUGGAAGGGACGCUGCACGAAGUUCAGUCCCGCUACUCGGUGAUGCUGGGGGGUCUCCAGGACCAGGUGCUGAGCCUGGAGGACCAGCUGGCCCACAUGAGGGCCGACGUGGAGCGCCAGAGGAGCGACUACCAGAGGCUGCUGGACACCAAGACCAGGCUGGAGCUGGAGAUCUCCGAGUACAGGAGACUGCUGGAGGGAGACCUAGACAUGCACUCAAAAACCACCUCAAAUGCCUCACGAAAGGUCGUCAUAGUUACUGAAGAAAUAGUGGAUGGAGAGGUUGUCAGUUCUUCCUCCACGACAACCAGUAAUGGGAAGUAAGACCAGAGCUUCCGGCCCCAUGCUGAAUGAGGAGAGGAACCGAUGGCUGGGUGGAGUCUUAUUAAUAAAACAUUAUGAAUAAAAUGAAUAAAACUCAUUAAUAAAACUGACUGUGGGGAAAAUACUGUAUGAGACAGGAACAAUGUAUGAGAGUACCUACG